AGGCAGCCAAGCUGGAUUCUGCUUCUCCUCCUUUGUGAAUGAAGCAUCCAAGGGAAGGUUGGUUGGCUGGCAAAGAGGGAGAUGAUGCACCCUGCGUCCAGCCUGAGAGAGAGGUCUUUGAGAAAGCCUGGGGAGCCACAGUGCAUCAAUGCAGAGGCUGCUGAGGUAGGCAGAUGGAUGGUCCAACUGAGGGUAAAGCAGCUUCUUCCUGCAUCUUGAGCCAGUGUGGUGUAGUGGUUAAGAGCUGUAGACUCGUAAUCUGGUGAACCGGGUUCGCGUCCCCGCUCCUCCACAUGCAGCUGCUGGGUGACCUUGGGCUAGUCACACUUCUCUGAAGUCUCUCAGCCCCACUCACCUCACAGAGUGUUUGUUGUGGGGGAGGAAGGGAAAGGAGAAUGUUAGCCUCUUUGAGACUCCUUCGGGUAGUAGAACUCCUAUUAGAAUAAACAAGUUCCGUUAUAAAUACUGAAAUACCAAAGAAUAUGGAUAACAAUGUGUAACAGAAAAAGAAGUAGAAAGUUGAUUUAAUAGUGUGUGAAAGAAAGUAAUAGAAAUAGAAAGAAAUUGCAAUUGAGUAGAUUGGAAGUCUAACACAGGGUGGGGUGAGGGACAGUAGUGGGAAAAGGAAGUAUGUGCAGGAUUGUGUGUGGGUAUGUAUAAAUAUUUUUAAGGAUUGUAUGAAAUGUAUGUUUGUUUGUAUAUCGUAAUAUGUAUGUAUAAAUGUAUUAAUUGAAUUAUUUCAAUAAAACUUUUAAAAUUAAAAAAAGAGAAGAAGAAGAAGAAGAAGAGUUUGGAUUUGAUAUCCCGCCUUUCACUCCCCUUCAGGAGUCUCAAAGCGGCUAACAUUCUCCUUUCCCUUCCUCCCCCACAACAAACACUCUGUGAGGUGAGUGGGGCUGAGAGACUUCAAAGAAGUGUGACUGGCCCAAGGUCACCCAGCAGCUGCAUGUGGAGGAGCGGAGACACGAACCCGGUUCCCCAGAUUAGGAGACUACCGCUCUUAACCACUACACCACACUGGCUCUCCUUAUGGUAGUGGCAAAUCCAUCCUCCUCCUCCUCCUUCUCCUCCUCCUCUUCUUCUUCUUCUUCUUCUUCUUGAAUUUCAUGACAUGGCAGGGGUGAGGAAGAGACCAGCAGUGCCUCCUGUGUUGUAGAGGCAGCAUGGGGUGGGGGCUUCUGAAAAGGCUGCAAUUGACGCCUCUGAGGAGCAUGCCACAGCCAUUGCUGCCCAUGUGGCAGCAGCAGGCAAUGCCUUCCUUAGAGGCCAGAUCUGCUGUCCCUGUGGAUCCUGCCACCCAAGGCAGCCACCGCACCUUGCCUCAUGGGUGGGCCAGCACUGCAGAUUACAUCUGUGUCUUAAACGUCUGUGUUGCUUGGUUUUGUUUUGUUUUGAUCUGUCGAUGCAAGAUUGCCUGCCAGCUGCAGUUCAGCACAUCAAGGAAUCCUAAAGCUGGUUUAAACAGUAUCAUGCUUGCAUCAGUCUGGUCUGAUAAGAAACUUUGGCAGAAAACGUCCAGCCAAUUAAGAAUGAUAUCAUAUGAACUGGCCCUAAACUCAUGUUCAGCCAUGAGUUUAUUAACUCCAGUAGAACAAGGCUCCCCACCCCCAUACUCUUAUAGCUAUGCUUUGAAUAUAUGAUUUGUAGGAGUGAAUCUUUUUUUUCCUUCCAAAUUCCCAUGACUCUAGACUGACUAGUCACGAAAAACAAAGAAUUAAUAGCUGAGAGCUAUACAGCAAUCCUCAUAUCUAUGUUUCUUCCUCUAUCUUCCAGGAGCCAGUGUUGCCCCAAGGCAUUCAGUGCUGUCUUCCCCACAAAUAUGUGGUAAGGCACGUACUGAAGCGAAAUGAAGUAAGGAGGAUAAAAACUGGAAUGUAAUAGCUGUAGGUAUUUUUUCUUUCUUCUAUUCAAGAAUAGGCGAGAAAGAGAUCCUGUGAAUUCAAUUUCUCUUUUUAUAUAUAAGAAUAUAUUUUGUUUAAUUAUGUGCAUUGUUUCUGACACACCAUUUGUUUCCAGGCUUUAGGAAAACAGUUGAAAAUAUGUGGCUAUAAGAAAAAUAAUGAAGUUACCGAUUUGUAUCUUGGUGAAAAGUAAGUACCGUAUAUUCUUCUUCUUUUUUUGCUGAUUUAAGGCACUGUUCUGUUAGGCUCAGCUGAAAAGAAUCAAUUUUUAGACUGAUUAAUCUUUAAGCAAUAGAAAACAGAACUUCUUUUUGGAUCUGUGAAAAUAAAAUAGUUUGUUUCCAGGACCAGUAAGUUGCCAUUUCAUUCUUAAAUCUUUAUUUUGUGAGGCCAGUGCUCAUCUUAAGAAAGGUAAAGGUAAAGGACCCCUGACCAUCUUAAAAAAGGUAAAGGUGAAGUCCAGUCACGAACGACUCUGGGGUUGCGGCACCCAUCUCGUUUUACUGGCCAAGGGAGCCGACAGUUUUUCCAGGUCAUGUGGCCAGCAUGACUAAGCCGCUUCUGGCGAAGCCAGAGCAGCACACGGAAACGCCGUUUACCUUCCUGCCGGAGUGGUACCUAUUUAUCUACUUGCAUGUUGACGUGCUUUCGAACUGCUAGGUGCGCAGGAGCUGGGACCAAGCAACUGGACCUCACCACCGACCUUCCGAUUGGCAAGCCCAAGAGGUUCAGUGGUUUAGACCACAACGCCACCCGCGUCCCGUAGGGCUCAUCUUAGAAAAGGCUAAAUAUCAGAAUUCCCUUAGUGAUGUACAAAUUGUGCUAGCAGAAUGGUUUGCACAAGAGAAGGCGCAGGACCCAGCAUAAUGCACAAUCAUUAUUAUCUUCCUUACCAUAACACAGUAGGGGUUGCUCUAGCAGUCAGAGAAUGUUGAAUGUAGGCCAGAGUUUGCACAUCCAAACCAGCAAACUGACUUGUAGUUUGCCUCCAAAUCAUAAUUGCUCACCAUGAUUUGCUUCUGCUUUGCAGUUUAGGUAUAUGCUAAGCAGGAAGCAGUUCAUUGUAUCUGCCCAUACAAGGGGAAGAAAGGACCAAAUAACCAGAGCAUGGUUGUUUCCACACCUCCCAAACCAUAGUUUGCAACAUUACUUCUAAAGUGGCUGACUUGUGUUGUGUUGAUUGGAGCAGGGCUGCUAGAAAAAGCUAAUAAAUAUUUAAGUCUGUGCAUUAAAAUCCUCCAGUACUGUUAAUGAAGCACAGGAAAUUCUGCUUCUGAGAAAGCUGUCAUCUUGAGGAAAUUGAUUAGUUUAGUUGUAAAUUGGAAAAGAAUGCUGGAGGCCCAAAGGGCAUGCAAAGACUAGAAAGACCUGCAUAAAGAGGCAGGUUAAAAAAAUUAUUGGAAUUAAACUCUCCUUGGAAGAAAUGUAAUGCCUUUGGGUGCAAUCCUCAGAUGAGUUUCUCCAGAUAUGUUCUAUUUAUUUCAGUAGAAUGUCUCUAGAGUAAGUGGUUUGAGGGCUGCAGUCUGUUCAUCAAAAGGGUAGGCCUGGAGAUAUGGGGCAGGGUGGGGGAAUGAAGCCAAUUAAAAAUAAGUUUAAAGUUUUGGAGAGAGAAAUAGGAGAUAACUUGCAUGUGGAUAGAAGUCAAUAAGGAAAAGUGAUUGUUGUGUGUGCAUUGUGCAGAGCUCCAGCAUUUUAUAAAUAAAAACAUCAUGGGAUUGAGAAUUUUGCCCAGGUAUGUCAAGUUUUGCCAAGAGUCCUUUAAGCCAUGGCUAAAUUGCCAAGAAUCUGUGCCAUAACAGAAUGCAGUGUGCAGAGUAUCUGUUCCGGGUUUUCUUUUUCUCUAGAGAGAUCAAACCAAUCACACUAGGCUUCCUUUGCCAUUGUUAGACAGGCUCUUCAAGCCUGGCAGCAGACCAAAUAGAAAACAAGUGUUCAUUCACCACAUCUAGCUCCCGUUAGGUGGGAAGCAAUACAUCUCCAGCUAUUUCCUCACCCCAAAUGGUUCAUAGCUUUCCUUCCCCCUGUCUUGAAUAUACAUUGAUCAUGACAAAUGGAAAGAAUAUUGAGAAAUGGCUGCAAUAUAUGGAUAUUUUUUUCUUUUUAGAUAACCACUUAGGGCCAAAUGUGUCAAUGGAAGAUCUGAGGUACAUGGAAGAUCUCACCUUCUUUUGUUUUCACGAACAGCAGUCAUGGGUGGAGGAAGCUGGGCUUUUAUGAGUACAGGAAGCUCCCCGCUUCAAAAGAGGCCCCUCUAACUUACUGUGAUGGUAAUUGUGAUGCCAACAUAUAAGAGAAGGACCCUUGCUGCUCGUCUCACACCUGAAGAGUGCUAACGUUAAUAUAUGAAUGGACAUUUCCCCCAUGCACUCAGUUGCUUUGCAGUGUGAUCACUCAGACCAUUAAGUCUCUAAUUAACUACGGUUUUUGUUUCAUCCAAAACAAGCAAAACAACCCAGAUUAUCAGCUUCAGAAGAAGCCAGAAUAUUAAACCAUGAUAUUAUAUCCUGGCUUGUUCCAAAGCUGCUAACCAAGCUGAUACAUGAUCAUCUGAAGUCAACCCCUGAUACUUGCGUUCCUCACCAAAUAUGAGGUAAAAUUGUGGAGACUGAGAAGUGUUGGUACUUAACAAAAGUCAUUUAUUUACUACUUUAGAUGCUCAGCAACCACUGGGUGUGAAUGAAUUUCCAUAUACAGUGGUACCUCAAGUUACAAAUGCCUCAGGUUUCAGGCGCUUCAGGUUACAAACUCUGCUAACCUGGAAGAGUUACCUCGAGUUGAGAACUUUGCCCCAGAAUGAGAACGGAAAUCAUGUGCUGGCGGUGCAGCAGCAGCAAGAGGCCCCAUUAGCAAAAGCACGCCUCUAAUUAAGAACAGUUUCAGGUUAAGAACAGACCUCCAGAAUGAAUUAAGUUCGUAACUAGAGGUACCACUGUAUUACUUCAUAAGCAGUACUGUAUAUGCUUUUCUGACAAAAGAGGAUUGCUUAUUGCCAACAGUAUGUGAGCACAUUGAAUCAAAAAGCAGCUGUUACUGAUGCAAUUACAUAACUGCUUCAGUGCUUAUUUCUGAUGUAUAAUAGUAUAUUAAAGUGGGUAUUAACAACUGAAAUUAUAUAACUUUUGUUUCAGAGGAUUAAAAGAAAUCCCUGAUUUAUCACAGUUCCGGAUAUUAAGCCAUUUGUGGCUAAAUAAUAAUAAGGUAAUAAAUAUAAAGUUUACAUUAUUUUUUACACUUUUGACUUUAUUUUUGGCAAUAAAAAGUAAUGGGGGAUUUUGUAGCAUUAAAAAAAAAAGCUUAGAAUUUGUUGAAUUUAUCGACUGGGUCCAAAGCUAGAAUGCAACCCCAUUCAUUUCAAGAAAAGAGAUUUAAACAUAUACCUAACUGCCACAAUGGAAUCAAAUUUUGGCUGUGUGUUUAGUACUAGUACAGUGGUACCUUGGCCCUCAAACUUAAUCUGUUCCAGAAGUCCAUUCCAAAACCAAAGCGUUCCAAAACCAAGGCAUGCUUUCCCAUAGAAAGUAAUGCAAAGUGGAUGAAUCCGUUCCAGACUUGUAAAAACAACCCCUAAAACAGCAAUUUAACGUGAAUUUUACUGUCUAACGAGACCAUUGAUCCAUAAAAUGAAAGCAAUAAACAAUGUACUGCAGUCACACAAUCAAUCAGUCAGUAGCUGAACUGGGUUCCACACAGUCAUAAAAACAAAACAAAAAGAGCCGCAAAAACAAAAAUGCAAAAGAAAUAGCAAAAGCAGACAGACCUCAGCAUAACACUCAAAACGGAGCACGUUCGGCUUCCGAAAAAAGUUAGCAAACUGGAACACUUACUUCCGGGUUUGCAGUGUUUGAAUUCCAAGUUGUUUGAGUACCAAGGCAUUUGAGAACCAAGGUACCACUGUACAAGUAUCACCAUAUGGUUGGGAGAAAGGGCUCUAAGGGAUGGAAAAACUCCCAUGUGAAAUUGCUGGUCAGUGCAAACAAUCCUGAACUCUGGGGACAAAUGAUCUGACAUUUGUCAGAUACUUUCAGCAGCUUCCUCUGCUUCUGUAUUGCUGAGGCAGGGACAAUUUGCCCUUGGAUACUUUCCCAGAGCCAUUUGCUCCCAACCCCUGGUGAGCCACAAACACCAUCCUUUACAGUUCAGAGCUAUUUGGUGCCCCUGUCUGAGACUGAACAUUGAGUGCAUUUAGGCAGCCGCUAUAGUGGGGCAGGUGCACUCCUUGGACUUUCAGGGCAGAAUAUAUACAAGUUUAAAAGCAGAAACAUGAAUACAUGUUAUAACAAUGAAUCAAGAAGAAUAAAUAGGCAGACGGAAGGCUUUUUACUUGUGUUCCUUUCGUGGUGAGAGAGGUUGGGGUUGGCCUAGGGUGUGAUUGUCUGCUUGUGAUUGGCUGUGGUGAUCUUUGUUUUCGUGUGUGAGUGAGGUGGGUGGGUGUUUUGGAUCAGGUUAGCCAUAUUGAUUUGUAUGCUGUUGGUGGAUUAUUGUCAUUGUCCUGUUGGGCUGUGUAUGUGAUAAAGGGAGCCAUACCAGGGUGAAGACGUCUUCUUCUGUUUGUGCCCGUGUCAGUUUCAGUUUAUUAGUUAAUUUUUCUAGUAGGGCUGUUUCCCAUACUAUUUGGUACCAUUGGUCCAUGUUUACUCCUGACAGGUCUCUCCAGUGUCUGGUUAUGGUGUUUCUGGCUGCUGAAAGUAGGUGGGUUAUGAGUUCUUUGUGGUGUAAAUGGGCAUUGUUGUCUUGGAAGAUGUUUAGUAGGGCCAAUUCUGGGGUGAUGUCUAUUACUUGCUUAGUUAUUUUACAUAUUUCUUGUAUGGCUGUUGUCCAGAAUAGUUGGAUUUUGGGACACUCCCACCACAUGUGGAGGUAUGUGCCUGUGGAGGUGCACCCUCUCCAGCAUUUUGGUGAGGUUCCUGGGUGUAUUAGCGCUAGUUUCCUUGGUGUUAGGUACCACCUGUAGGUGAGUUUCAGUGUGAGUUCUUUUCUUUUCGUUGAUAUGGAUUUAAAGGGGGUUUAGACCACAUUCUGGUCCAUUGAGUGGGGUUAAUCUCAUAGCCUAUGUCAUUCUCCCAUUGUUUUUGAUUGCAUCUAGGGGAGUUGCGGGAUUUUGGAGUAGUAUUUUGUAUAUUGCGGAUACCGUCCCUUUACCGUUUCCUUUUGUUGUUAGGAGGAGGUUUUCGAAGGUUGUCAGGGGCCUAGUUGCUGCUGAUUUUACUGUUGGGUUGUUUAAGAGGGCAUGUAGUUGGUGUUGUGUUAACCAGGGCAUUUGGGUGUCUUCUAGUUUGUCUUGUAUUUCUUGUGUUGACAAGGGUUUGUUAUUUUUAUAAAAGUCUAUUAGGCGAUAUAAGCCUUUGGUUUGCCAGGUUUUUAUCUGGAGGUUUUGUGCUGCAUGGUGGAAUAAUGGGUGGUACGCCAGGGGGAUUAGUGGGGAUGGGGUUGGGGAUGGUUUGCCUAUUUGUGUUUUCCAUGCUUUGAGCAUGGUCUGUGUGUACCUGUUAAGUGUUGUGGGAAUUUUCUUUAGUUUGUUUGGGAGGAAUGGGUAUGUUGUGGUGCAGGUAUUUUCAAUUGUGUCCCUCUCUAGGUGUACCCAUUGUUUUGUCUCAUCUUCUAGUAUAUAUGGGAUUAUAUGGCGUAUUUGGUUGGCAUUGUAAUAUGCUUCUAUGUUGGGGAUUCCCAUCCUCCUUCUGAGGUGGGGAGGUGCAGGUAUUUGGAAAGUCACACAAUAGCCACAGGUUCUGUCACUGGCUGCUCACAUAUGACUGUAAAUACAUACAUACAUACAUACAUUUCUAAGGCUAUGAAAAGAUACUGUAAAAUUCCAUAUAAUUUGGGAGAACAUACAGGUUUAUCGCCUUGGGCUAAGAGUAAUCACAUGCCAUAUAAUGUCAACCAUGUUGAAAGGCUGCCGUUAUUACAAUGUUUUGCAUCUUUCAGUAUGCUAGCAAGCAGACAGCUUCUUUGUACAGCUCAGGCCUGUACAAUGUAGGGCCACCUCUAUGCUUGCUUGCUUGCUUGCUUGCUUGGGUUAAUUCCAAAUACCUGUUGCUUGUUUCCCAUACCUGUGGAAAGUUGAAAGGCUGAGAGAGUGGAAGUCUUGUGAGCUGUUGCUGGUGGAGCAAUAGACAUAACGUACCAGGGCGUGCGGAAGGGGAGGGGAAAGGUAACCUAAACAUGAAAUAUAGGAUGCAGAAAGACUUGUGAGGUGGAGAAAGAGCGUAAGAGAGGGAUAUUAUAUAUUUAUUUUAAGCAAAAGAGUGAGACUGUUGGAUGGGAGAAAGGUAAGAACACCACAUUUAUUGAAUACAGAAAGUCUAUGAGCGCUCUCACUCACACACGCAAACCUUUUAUUACAUCUAUCCACUUCCACGAUGCAGUUCAAGGUGGUUUACAGGCCCCUGAGCAUGGCUAAGUUCAGCAAGCUUGCUGCAUCUUGUCCCUUCAGCCCAUGUGCUGGGACCAGCUUAUCACUUCCACCGUUUGUGAGAACUGAGCCAUUGUUAAAGGUGCCUCAGACUUCUUUGGGAGGAAUGGCACGAUAGAAAUUUAGUAAAUAAAAUGUGCAUUCCACCUGAUCCUUGUUUAACGCUCUAACACUGUGUAUUUUCUGAGAGUCUGUAUUCUACUAUCACUGUGUUUACAUAAUUGUUUUGAUUUCUACAUUAUAUAAAUUAUACAUUCUAUAAAUAUUAGGUUACGUAUUGACAUUUGUAUUCUGUGAUGUAAACUACCCUGAAGUCUUUUGAUGAAGGUCAGAAUAUAAAUUUAAUUAAUACUAAUAUUAAUACUUCUAAUAUGUAGCAGAUGAAGUAUUAGCAGAGUAUAUAUCCUUUGCUGAAGCUCUCCUUUUCCAGCUAUAUGUGGUUUGUGCCACUUCAGGACAAAGGAUGAAGAGGGUAAAAUGGCUGAGGUUUCAGCAGACUGGGUGGCAUUCAGUGAAGUUUUACUAAGAGCAGACUUACUGAAAUUAAUGGACCUAACUUAGAUACGUUCACUAAUUUCAACAGUAUGGAAAUCAUAUGACAUGCAAAAACAUGUUAUAGGUAGAUGCUUAAUAUGGAAGAAAAUGCUGUAUACUGUGCACUUUGGGGCCUGUUAUGUUUUUAAUCUGUUAUAUGGGAAAUUUCACAGGCCUAUUUAAACCAACAAAGAUAGCAUAUAAUAUAUGCUAUAUGGUAUAGUUCUUCACCAAUAAAAUCACAUGAACCUAUUGUUCUAAUUCUCAUAAUUCAGAUUCAGAAUCUAACUAUGUUGAAGCAUAACUGCUGCUUGACAGAACUGUACCUCAACAAUAACGAAAUCCGAGAUAUAUCAGGUAUGGCGUUAACAUAAUCUCUUUUGAACCGGGAGUGAUUCCUGUGAGCAUAUAUGUGUUAAAUUUGGUUGAAAUAGACUGCAAGAAGUCCUGGAAAUAAGACGAGUGGUGCUUCAUGAAAAUAGAAAAAAGAGAGAAUAAGUCUCUAGUCCUAGAAAGAGGGCUUGGGGUCCCUUCCAACUCUAUGAUUUUAUGAGUGUAUGAAAGUUAUGAAGCAAAAUGUGCAAGUAUCCUUCUAAGCAAUUUCUGUGAAAUGACCCAGCCUGGCUGCUCUUGACUGUCAGUGUUUUUAGCCAAUUAAGCAAUCAAUGAAAUCAAAGCUGUGAUUGAUAAGCGAGUUAUUUCCCCUUAAGUGCACUUUCCCUGCUUCUCUCUUAUUUUCUAGUUUUUGGAAUUCAGAAAACCUAAAUAAUUCCCAGCCAGUUGCCAGUCUCCCCUUCUUGGAUAAGGUUCUUGGGUGAGUGGCUGUGGAACAGAUCCAGGUGCUCUUGGAGGAAACUGAUUUUCCAGAUCAAUUUCAGUCAGGGUUUAGCCCUGGUUUUGGCACAGAAACCGCUUUGGUCAGCCUGUAUGAUGACCUUUGUCAGGAGAGAGAGGAAAUGUGUCCCUGUUUAAUUCUCCUUGACCUCUCAGCAGCUUUUGAUACCAUUGACCAUGGUGUCCUUCUGGAGCAGUUGUUUGAGUUGGAGGUGGGUGGCAACACUUUGCAAAGGGUACUUCCAGAGGGUGAUGCUUGGGGAAUGUUAUUUGGCCCCGUGGAGCCUUCAGUGUGGGUUUUCUCAGGGCUUGAUUUUAUCCCUCAUGCUGCUUAAUCACUGAGUGUGGUCAUCCUGAGUUUUGGAGUAUGUUGUCGGCAAUACGCUGAUGACACACAGCUCUACUUCUCCUUUACACCUGCGGGUGAGGCAGUGGAUGUGCUAAAUGGUUGUCUUGCCUCAGUAAAGAAUUAGAUGAUAGUCAAUAAACUGAUGCUCAGUUCAGAUAAACUGAGGUACUAUUAGUUGGUGGCUCCCUAGCUCCGAUGGCUGGGAGGUUGAUGGGGUUACACUCCCUCUGAAGGAGCGGGUACAGAGCCCGGGCAUUUUUCUGGUGUGGAGUGCCUUCCAUCAGAUUCAAUUGGUGGUCAGGCUGCGCCUUUAUCUGGACAGCUGGACAGUGAUAGCCGAAUUUCUGUUGUCUAUGCUCUAAUAACCUCUAGGUUAGAUUACUGCAAUGUGUUAUAUGUGGGAUUGUCUCUGAAGAUGGUCCAGAAACUUCAGCUAGUGCAGAAUCCAGUGACCAGGUUUCUUACUGGGACAAGAUGGUUUGAAAACAUAAUGCCAAUCCUAGCUUGACUGCACUGGCUGCCAAUUAGCUUCCAGGCCCAAUUCAAAUUGUUGGUUUUGACCUAUAAAGUCUUAAACAGCUCAGGACUGCAAUGCCUCAAGGAUUGUCUCUCCCCAUAUGAAUUUACUCCGUAUGUUCACCCUAUCUUCAUAUGCCUCCUCCAUGAGAGGUCCAGACGGGCAAAAUGAGAACAGGCCUUUUCUGCAGUGGCUCCCUGUUUGUGGAGUGCUCUUCAGAGGGAGGUUUGCCUUAGAUAUCUUUAGGCUCCAUUCAGAAACUUUCCUCUCUAACCAGGCUUUCAGCCUUUUAACUACCUGUGAUCUUUUAGAAGUGGGUUGGAUGUUUUUUAAUGUUUAGUGUAUUUUGGUUCGAAUGUAUCCAUAUGGGGUUGUUGUUGUUUUUCUGUUCAUUUGGUUUUUGGUUGUAAGUCGCUGGGCGAGAUAAGGAGACGGAACAAACUGAAGAAACAAAAUAAAAGCACAAGUGAGGCAUUAUUUUAUUGUUAAUUGUUGUUGCCAUUUUAGGUGCUCUGAAACAUAUUCAUGUGUUGCAAGUCCUGAUGCUUCACAACAAUCACCUGAAAACCCUGGAGAAAACUGUGAAAGAGCUUCAAGGAAUGCAACAUCUGCAGACCUUAAGUAAUCAUUUACCUUUCUCUCUCUCUCUUUCUUUUUCCUCCCCAGGCAGCACAACAUUGACAGGACCCACUCAUAUAUUUAGUAGAAAACAGAUAGUUUUGAGGAGAAGGAUUGAAUAAGAUAUAUUAGCCUUUUUUGGAAAUGCUUUUUGCUGAGCAAAUAAGAUUCUCUAAUUGAACAUACCAGUAUCAGUUUUAACUAGUGUCUGCAUUUGUUUUAUUUUACGUUACUGACAGAGCAAGGGGUAGAUGAAAAUGCUUGAGACUCUGAAAUUUCAUAUUAAGAUAAACAAGACGGUGCUGGCGCCACUAAGCGUUGCUGCAUUCAAAUCGCCUUCAGGGAAGUAGGAUUAUAAACUGUUAACCUGUUGAAAGUGAAAGUGUAAGCAAUCUUUCUCAGGUUUUUUUCCCUCCCUAAAGGAAUGUGCUCAUAGAUCAUACCAGGGCUUUCAGAACUUUUAAGAAGCAGGAACUAAUUUAAUGCCUCGGUAAAGUAAUUAAUAGAGGUAUUUAAUAUUGUUACAGGCCACCCUAAUCUCUGCCGAGUGGCAGCAAGGGAUUCCAGGGGUCUUGGCACUUAACCAAGCUUUGUGUUUCCUUGGGGGAAAUGAUGCUGUAAUAUCUUAGAAAUACAGUUUAUUGACACAUGUUUACGCCUGAGUUUUAUGGCGGGAGAGCUCACAGCAAUUAUAUCCCGAGAUGGGGAUGCUGCCCUUCAGUCCCACAUGGCGUUCUGUCCAUGUCCUUCUCCUUCUUCCCAGAAACCCCUGCUCCAAAAACCUGUUGCAAAAGGACACCCUCUCUUCCUGUGAUGACAUCGCGCCCCACAGUUACCCUGGCAACCUCCCCCUCUCAUCUCUGCUUUUGUCUUCUGCUAACUAACACACAUCUGGGGGGAAAGGAAAGCAUCUGCACGGUCAAUUGUUCUUUAAUGGCCCAGUCACAUUUCUCCUUGUGUUCUUAAUGGCAACAAUAUCAACUUUUGGGGGGAGGGGGGCCUCAAAUAUUUUAUUGGGGGUGUGUGGCAAAGGAACCUUGGCCCUUCAGUGUUGGCUCCUAUGCCAAAGACCUUUCUAUUCCAGCUUUCCAUUCUCACAGUGGCCAACUUGAUGCCUUUGAGAGGCUCACUAGCAGGAGAUGAGCACAACAGCGCCCCCUUCUCAUUGUCCUUGGCAAAUGGCAUUCAGAGGCCUGUGAUGCUUUUUAAAGCAGGGGUCAGCAAACUUUUUCAGCAGGGGGCCGGUCCACUGUCCCUCAGACCUUGUGGGGGGCCGGACUAUAUUUUGGAAGAAAAGAAAUGAACGAAUUCCUUUGCCCCACAAAUAACCCAGAGAUGCAUUUUUAACAAAAGCACACAUUCUGCUCAUGUAGAAACACCAGGCAGGCCCCACAAAUAACCCAGAGAUGCAUUUUAAAUAAAAGGACACAUUCUACUCAUGUAAAAACACGCCGAUUCCCAGACCAUCCAUGGGCCGGAUUUGGAAGGCGAUUGGGCUGGAUCUGGCCCCUGGGCCUUAGUUUGCCUACCCAUGUUUUAAAGGCAUCCAAGAUGGCAGCCAGCGCGCCGGUAAAAAAUCCAUGGUUCAACAAUAUGCUGAGUGAAGUAUUUCCUCUUGUCUGGUAUUAUGAGAGGGGGGAAGGUUGUAUAAUUUCUCCAAAUUAUGCACACCUCUACCAUGUCCCUUUCUUACUUGCUUUUUUACUGAAUGAAAAAGCCUCCAAUGUUGUAAACUUUCCUCAAAGAGGACUUGCCCCAUUGAUCAUUUUGACUGUCCCCCUUCUCCAGCUCUAUAACCUCCUUUUUCGAGGUGCGGCAACCAACACUUUAGACAGCAUUUCGACUGCAGUUACUCCAUAGAUUUAUAUAAAGGCCUUCUGAUAUUCUUGUAUACGGAAGUUUUAGGCUCUGUACACUAUUCAAAGUGAUGAGAUUAUUUCUACAGAGAUGAUUAAAUCUCUACUUCAUAGCCAUAAAAGUAGUGUUCUUUCUACUACUGCCAUCUAGUGGUUCUUUGCAUGCAAUCGAUUACCAUGAUUUAUUUUUGAGCGAGGAAAGAAGUCACAAAAAUAGAUGAACGAGAUUUUUCAGGAUAUGGCCAGAAAAAAAGAUAGACUAUGUUUUUUAUCCAGAUAUUGUCAUUAUUAAAAGAAAUCACUGAUAUAUUGAAAGUGUCUUCCCGAAGCACAAGUCACUAAUGUGCCUCACUACUGAGUUGCUUCUCUGGCAGUGUUUUAAAGCUUUCCCCCCACUGCCAUGAGACUAAUGGAGUAGCAUAAUGAGGUGGUUCACAAUUAAUAUUAAAACAUGGUUUAGCACUAUGUGUGUGAGUAGAAACAAGCUUCAGCAAAAUCUUGUGCUUUCACCCUUCCUCCUUCCCUCUCGUCCUCCCCAUGUGGCCAGGAGAAGGACUUUGCUAUCAUUUACUUUGUGGGUGAUUUGUCUGCGUAAUUAAAUAAUCUUCAACCUGUUUUGAACGGGGCUGCACUUCUUCUAAGGAAGAAAGUUUGCAGUUUGAGGAUGCUCCGUGAUCCAACACAGGUUAGCCUCAUAGGGAGAGAGAGUGUUAUUUCUGUUUCAUUGGAUAUACCAAUUACGACCCUAUCUGGGUAGAGAUAAGCUUGCAGCAGUUAUCUAAGCUUCGAUAAUCUCCUGCUUAGAUAACUGUACUGUGUUAUAUGUGAUGCUGCCUUUGAAAAUAGCCUGGAAAGUCCAGCUGGCCCAAAAUAGAUCUGUGAGAUUAUGAAUGAGUACAGGUAUAUAUAUAAAUAUACACCUGUAUAUAUUUUUUAAAAGGUGAUAGAACGGAUUGUCUAAACUAUCAAGGCAUCUCUUUAUUAGCUGCGGACGGCAAAACUCUUGCAAGCAUCUUAGCAAACUGUCUCCUAACAAUAACAGAGGCUACCCUUUCUGAAUCCGAAAAUGGUUUUCGACCUUCUAGGGGGACGGUGGACAUGAUUUUCACUGCUCGACAGCUUCAAGAAAAUUGCAGAGAGCAAAACCAAACCCUGUAUAUGGCCUUUAUUGACCUAACUAAGGCCUUCAACAAUGUACCGUAUUUUUCGUUCUAUAGGACGCACCGGUCCAUAGGACGCACCUCGUUUUUUGGGGGAAAUGAAUAAAAAAUUAUUCCCCCCGCGGCUGCCGCCCCAAGCCUCGCGUGCUUCGGGCUGCAGGCUGACCGCCCAAGCCUCGCGCGCCGGCGGGACCUCCCACCGGGCGCGCGAGGCUUGCAGACACUCGCCCAAGCACGGGAGCCCUCCGGAGGGCUCCCGUGCUUCGGGCGACAGGCUGCAGCCCCAAGCCUUGCGCGCCGGCGGGACCUCCUGCCGGGCGCGCAAGGCUUGCAGACACUCGCCCGAAGCACGGGAGCCCUCCGGAGGGCUCCCGUGCUCGGGCGACAAGCUGCAGCCCCAAGCCCUGCGCGCUGGGCGGGACCUCCUGCCGGGCGCGCAAGGCUUGCAGACACUCGCCCGAAGCACGGGAGCCCUCCGGAGGGCUCCCGUGCUCGGGCGACAAGCUGCAGCCCCAAGCCUUGCGCGCCGGGCGGGACCUCCUGCCGGGCGCGCAAGGCUUGCAGACACUCGCCGAGCACGGGGAGCCCUCCGGAGGGCUCCCGUGCUCGGGCGACAGGCUGCUGCCCCAAGCCUCGCGCGCCGGCGGGACCUCCUGCCGGGCGCGCAAGGCUUGCGGACACUCGCCGGGGCUGCAGGCUGCUGCCUGCAGCCUGGUGAGCCCGCGGGAACUCCCACCGGGCUUGCAAGGCUUGCGGAUAGCUUCCUGAAGCCUGGAGAGCGAGAGGGGUCGGUGCGCACCGAUGCCUCUCGCUCUCCAGGCUUCAGCGAAAGCCUGCAUUCGCUCCAUAGGACGCACACACAUUUCCCCUUCAUUUUUGGAGGGGAAAAAGUGCGUCCUAUGGAGCGAAAAAUACGGUAAAUCAUAAUGCCCCAUGGACUGUCCUUUUGAAAAUCGGCUGCCCAGAUAAAUUUGUGAACAUCCUUUGUCUCCUCCAUGAAAACAUGACAGCAAUAAUUGCAGAUCACAAUGGCUCUCAAAGUGCACCAUUCAGUGUGGGAUCAUGUGUUAAACAGGGUUGUGUUAUCUACCCAACUCUAUUUAUUAGUUUCAUCGCAAUGAUCCUACACUUUGUCGAAGGGAAACCCCCCACUGGAGUAGAAAUCAUAUACUGAACAGAUGGAAAGCUCUUUAAUCUGAGUAGGCUGAAAGCAAAGACCAUUGUGUGCUUAGAGAGAGAUGGUGGCCAUUUCAUGUGCUCUACCAGGGAAAUGUCACGGCCUGCAGUAUUCUGCCAGUAUUACACACUUAUCAGCAUUUCUUUUAUACUGUGCAAUGCAGCAAUAGAGAAUCACAUAAGAUAGUUAUGUAAUGAGUUUAGGGUAUGGAGGAGACUGCAGAUGACUUAAAGGUAAAGGGACCCCUGACCAUUAGGUCCAGUCGUGGACAACUCUGGGGUUGUGACACUCAUCUCGCCGAGGGAGCUGGCGUACAGCUUCUGGGUCAUGUGGCCAGCAUGACUAAGCUGCUUCUGGCAAACCAGAGCAGUGCAUGGAAACACCAUUUACCUUUCUGCUGGAGUGGUACCUAUUUAUCUACUUGCACUUUGAUGUGCUUUCGAACUGCUAGGUUGGCAGGAGCAGGGACCAAGCAAAGGGAGCUCACUCCAUUGUGGGGAUUCGAACCACUGACCUUCUGAUCGGUUUAACCCACAGUGCCACCCGCGUCCCACGCAGAUGACUUACCUGCAUUGAAUUCUGAAGCAUUUCAGCCACAAGACCAACGAUUUUGAUAAAAUCCCAGACACCUAAUUCCUGCUGGUCACUUUUUCUAAUGGAAUGAUAACCAGCAAUCUGCAUAAUAAGAUGUGAUUUGCCCCUUUGGCCAGGAUCAGAGUAUCAGAAUAUUUCUGGUUAAUCAUAAAGAACAAACAAGAACUUCCAAGACUCAUAACAAGUGGCAAAAAGGCAUUUGUUACAGAUCUUUUUUCAUGUACCUCACAAUGGGCCACAACGUUCAGGAAGGAGGUGCUUUGUGAAUACAAACUGGUUGAUUAUGUCUGUAUAGUAUCUACUGAAAUAUGGAGGAGGUUGCCAAGUCUUUGCUCAGUCAUUUUGACCAUUGUUCUCUUUGUUUCAACUCCUGCAGACCUGUUUAAUAACCCCAUGUCUCAUGAUCGCAGAUACCAUCUGUACGUAAUAUACCACAUUCCUUCAGUAACAUUGUUUGACAGAAAAGGUAGAAACUUUUUCUCCCCCACUUUCUUUUCUUAAUAGACGUGAAGGAUAAUCACUUAAUGCUUUUAUAUCUGAACAAGAAGCAAUAUAUUUGUGGGUGCCCUUACUCAGCAGCCAUCAAUUUUGUAAGAUAUACUUGUUAGUAUUGGGUGGAUACAUUGCAAGACAUCAUUCAUCUUUAACAGAAUUAUCUGGCCCUACUUUUAAGAAACCUUCAUGGAAAUGAACGUGCAUCUAUAGCCUGGUUAAGUGAAAUUGUAACAGCUUAUUUAUUUCAGUUUCCAGGGGAGUUGUCUUUGUUCGUGUAUUACCACAUAAGCAACAACAUUUUAUUGCUCCUUAAAGACACAUAGAUUUAUCAUGAUUAUUAUUUGCUCUCCCAUCAGAUGUCAAGGAGAUGUGUAACUAUACAAACUUUAGAAGACAUCUGAAGAUAGCCCUGUAUUGGGAAGAUUUUUAAUGUUUAAUGUUUUAUUUUGUUUUUAUAUAUUUGGAAGCCACCAAGAGUGGCAGGGCAACCCAGUCAGAUGAGUAGGGUACAAUUAUUAUUAUUAUUGCAUGUAUCUGUUGCAUGAAAGAUUUAUUAUCCUCUGUUGAUGGAUGCAGUUGUGUGUGAACAUAAACAGUGAGGUCAGAAGGCAGCGAAAUGCAAAAAGUACAGACCAAGCAUCACAGAAGUACUUAAAUGUUUGUAAAGUAGGCAUAGCGGCCAUUCACAAAGCAGUGCUGAAAACACAAGCAGCCGGCAUUGCUAAAUUAAUUUGCAAAGUUAAUUCAUUAAUUUCAUGGAACAAGCCCUAUGUAAUGCUUACUAAAACUGGCCUAUUCAAGGUGGACUAUAGAGUCUAUUAUUUAACGCCUUUCACAUACUAGCAGUAGGAAGUCCUCUCAAUUCCCAUAACCAAAUCAAUUGUAAGCGACAUAGGGCAGUUUCAAAAGCAGUUUGGAAUAUAUCAGGGGAGACUGUAGCUCGGGGGGGGGGGGAUGUCAAAAAGCCCCACAGGGAGCAGAGGUAACACAUGGGUGCACCUAAAAGAGCUCUCUUGACUGUGACCAGAAGCCUGCCUCUCUAGAAACAUUAAGCUACUACUGUCUGUAAAUCACACAAGUCGCAACAUCCCUUAGUGCUAGGCUGUCACCCACCUAAAGAAUAAAGAAAUAUAAUAUGUCAGCAGCUGGUUGAGCUCUAGAUAAUGCCAUCUAUUCCUAUGUUACAGAAGUAACUCCAAAAGAAAGAGUAUCAGCUGUUCAUAUAUAUGACCAUGAACGGUCCCUCGUGCUUCAUUCUAUAGGAUUUGGGAAGAAAAUUGAUGAACCGUUUUUGCCCAAGCAAUCAUUUUGCCUAACACCAACCAAAGUGAUAAGAUUGCCUCCAGGUAUUUAACAGUGAUUCAGAAAAUAAUAAUAAUAAUUAUAAUAAUAAUAAUGCAGAUGAACAACCAUUGCCUCCUUACAUUAAAUGACUUUCAUAAUUAUAUAAUUGCCUUGCUUUUUAGCAGUCUACUUGGGAUUCUUUGAGGGCUUGCUGUGAUUUACACUCAUUGUCAUUCUAGGCAUCUCAGUAAAAGCUGUUAUCUUUUAGAAGAAGAAAAUCAUUGUUAAAUUACUCAGGGUAUUUACUGUAUAAUUCAGCUAUUCUUCCCUUUUCCAGAUAUCUAAUAUUGGUCUUUAAGAUUUUAAAGCUUGAAAAUAAGAAGGGCUUGGCAUGUGCUGCAUACGUAUAGCUGCUUUCCUUCUCAUUUAUAGCUUUUUCACCUGGUGGGUCAGAUACUCCCCCCACCCCACCCCUUUGGCAGUCAAUGUUUGGCACAUUAAGAGCAAAUGAGCAAGCAGACUUGAACUCUACAUAUAUCAGCUGGAGGGCAGGUUCAGUCCUGCUUCCUGCAGGGAUUAGGUGGGUGAGCAACCUCUCCUGCACAUCCCAAACCAAGCAGAACUGAACUCCCCAAGCCCCAGCUUGAUGGACAUGUGUUGUCAGGUGUCAAGCAGGCAGGCAAAACUUGGCCCACAAGUCAUAGAUUUCCAGUUUUAUGGCAAGUCUUUUCAGUUGUAUUCCAGUGACUACUGCCACAGCCAUUGAAGAUUCCAAAAAUCUUUAGAAACCUCUACCUGCUGCUGCCUUUUUCUUAGUUAUGUGUAGUUGAAGCAGGUGACAAAUGGGACGCAAAUGAUUUUGUCCACAGGGAGAAAUCAAUCACAAGUUAACUGUAUAUAAGGCUAAGCAAGUAACUAGAAAGAACUAUCUCACUCAGUGAACCAUUUAGGCCAAAUUGCUAACUUACAAAACUUGCCAUUUGAAUCUAAUGGAAUUUAGAAUUGACUGAAGCUGUUCAGUAUUCUGCAUGUCAAGGGCUAUGCAGACUUGAAUAACUUUUUCCAAUCUUUGUUUUAGGUUGCGAGUUUGGAAAUCACCUGGUUAAGUAAGCAGAAUCUGCCUUUCCUUUAUUUCUAAUCCAUUAAUAUUUAGAUACGAAGCUCCCAGUCUAACAACAACUUAAAAACAAAAGAUUUAUUUUGCCCUAAUACAUCAUGCCCACUUCAUCAGAUGCUUGAAGUGUUGUCCCCUGCUGGCAGAUACAGGUUAGCCAGCCACUCCAUUCACAUUGCCCCCAUGUGUGUAGUAACUGCCUACUGUGCAUGGAGGUGAACAUAAUCUGCUAAUGAAAAAGGGAAUUGUGGUCAGUACUAAAAACACCCCUUUCCCAACAGGCCUUGUAGAAUAAGUGCAUCUCAAAUGCAUUUAUUUAUUUUUUUACAUUCUCUGGUCAAUAUGCAACACUCUCCAAGAAAAUGCUGUUUAUUUCUGUCUGUAGAUCAGAAGCAGACAAAUGGUUGCUUGCAGACCGCUUUCUAAUUUUAUGCAAAUUGUGGCAUCCCCUCUUGCUGAUCAGCAGGGGAAAGGGGGCAUUGCUGUAGUCUCAUCUCCCUUCCCUCCCCACUUGUCAUCAGCUAAGCAGAGGUUGGGGGGCUGUAGAUACAUGUCUACUCCUCAUUCACCAGGGGGCUCCACACAAGAUUCCUUCCAUUCAUAAAUGUUUCUGUGUGUGAGAAGAGGCAGAUGUGGGUGGUUAUCUCCCCCACCCCCGUAAGACCCCCACGUCCAUUCAUUUUGAGAGUACACGCCCAUGAGGAAUGGAUUCUCACACAUACCUCAGCCCCACCUGUAAGCCAUUCCUCCACCCACACAGAGGAGCAGUAGGGAAACAGCUGAGUUGUGCGGAAAGUGUGGGGCACAGCAGCAGAGUCUUGUUGCUCAGCUAGGAAGUGGGGGUGGGCUGCAGAUAAAUAUUUGUAGCGAAACCACCCCCAUUCUGUUUCCCCUGACUUUGCUUUACUUCUUGACUAAGUGGUACAAAAGAAACCAUAAAAAAUAUUUACUAUGCAUUGGGUGCCAGAUUAGUGUCAAAUCCAUUCACAUUUAAACUUUAGUUUUCUCGUUGCAAAAGAGAGAAAAAAUCUGGUCAUUUACUUUCUCCCCCCCCCCCCCCGCUUUUUGUUUGGUUCUUUGGAAGGAUUCCGUAUGAAAACCCAGAACAUGCUGUACUUGUGAGGGCCAUGAGGCGAUCUGUCAUGGAGUUCGCCACUGUUGACUGGGAGAAGAUGCCCACCUGCGAAGAGAAACGCCUCGGCAGCAAUCCAGAAAAACGGCCAGAGAGACUGACAAUUAAGUUUCGAUAAAUGUGACUUUUCUCCGACAGUUGUCUCUUUUAAAAAACCCCAACACAUUUCUUUUGCUGCUCUUGGUAUUGUUGCUCUUUAAACAUCAAUUAAAAUAAUUUCAAGCAGGAAAAAAAAUCCAGUUACGUUACCAUUUUAGCACUUAAUGCAUAGUAUGAAGGGGUGGUAUUUAAAGCUAUAAAAAUCAUCUGUUAGUUAAACAAGCCUAUGGUUUGAAGUUGGGUUAUUGAGCAGUUGACCAUGGUUUGCUGUAAACCAUAUUCCUGAUUUGCGUAUAGGUUUAAGUUGAGACGCUGAAAAAUGAAAAAUAAACUUGGCAGCAUGCCCUUUUUUUUAAUGCCUACUUGCCAAGUUUGGAGAGGCUUUAAUUUCCUAAGGUCACAAUCUCUGGGGGUUGUAAAGCUAAGAAACAGAGUAGCUGUUUAGGGAGCUUGAUUAUGACUUACGGGGCAGUAAGCUGACCACUGUUCUGUUGGUGAUUAACAUCUGCAUAUAGGAGAAUAAAAGCCUUUCUGCCAUUUUUACCAAGUAUAUAGUUAACAGACCAGAAGAGAUGUCUCUUAAUGCCUUUUGGGGGAGACUUUAUUCAUCCUUUCCCUGUAAAUUCAGAGGAUAAUAUAGCACAGCUUUAUCUCCAAAUACUAUCAUGAGCCCAAAGGCAUGCUGCUGUGCAUUUGGGCUGACAGACUGAAUGCUCCUUCCUCCAAGAAGAAAGUGGCAUGUAAUGGGUGGGUGGGUGGAGACGAAGAUAGGACUUGCUAGUUUUCUAGCUAGAGGGGAGUAUGGAAGAGAAUUCAGCCAUAUGCACUUCCAUUUGCAGGUUCAAAUGUUGCCAGUUAGUUGAGCCCUAGUCUUAAGAUCAGAGCCACUGAAUAGGCCAACUUUACUGACAGUUAUGAAUAUACAAAUUCAUAAGAUUUCCUUGACAUCCAUCAGAUGUAAAGGACACAAUCAAGUAUCUGACUUUUAGAAGAUCAGAUAUACAGCAGCUCUGUAUAGGGGUGGUUUUAA